GGGGGCUUUCUUUGCCACUGUUAUGGCUGCUGUUGGCAGUUAACUCUGUGUUACGGUACUGGAGAGGUCUUCGUGUUGGAUGCGCCGGUGCUUAUUUUAACUGUGUUCUAUACUUCAACUUAGUGGUGUGAGGGGACAACACAUCAUGUCAAGGUUAUAAAGUGAAGAACAAACUGGAAGAAAAAAAACAUUCAGACACUCUUGGAGAAAAAUGGGGAAUUAAUUCAAACUUCAUUCAAACCAAAGCUACAUGAAAGACUUGUCUGUAGUGCCUUAGUGGUGUGAAAGCACUUCUGAAGACCUCUGGACCCCUUAAGGACACCUGGGAGAGGAGACCCGGCCAUGCACGCAGGUUGACGUGAGCAGAGAACCAUCUGACUGAGCUGCUAGCUGUUACCCUGUCUGAGUGGAAACCACAGAGACCAAGAUGGAGGCGGGACUACUGGAGAGCAGGCUGAGUAUGGAGGACUAUGAGAAACUGCAGAGCCUCUUUCUGGGUGACAGUGAAACAGGCGUGUCCUUCACCAGGGCAGAGUUUAUAGAACAAGCUUGGUCUGCAGUGAGACGUGGCUCCAGGGAGGAGUACGGCCUCCUAUUCGACAGUGUUGUUGUCACUCAGGAGCAGCGUAGCCUGCUAUUGGACAGUGCUGACGAGCGAGGGGAGAGGAGAGUAGACUGGGAGAGGCUGACUUCCUUCCUGCUGUUAGGGCUGUCAGAAAAAGAGGAGAAUGAACGGGCUGCCACUGUGCCUCGCUGGCAGCCUCCACGAACUCUGACCCCUCCACACCGUGACCCUGUCCAACAGGUGGUGUACCUGCGUAGCUCAAGCCGGUACCUGUCGGUGAGUAAGGGGGGCACGCUGGGGGUGUGGGCGGGGGAGGACUUUGCCCUUCUCCAAACACACCGCCUCCACAACGACUCUGUCAGGCCCAAAGAUCUCUGGGUAACAGCUAUGGUGGUGCUGCACAACGUACACAAGAUAGCUGUGUCAUUCACCAGUAAGGAGCUGUGUUUCUAUGACUUGCUGUCCAAGCAGCAGUUUAGCUGCCAGUAUAAACUCCAGGGUCUGAGAUACGCCCCUCUCAGUCUGGACUAUUGGUGUCACCCCACUUACCCUGCCCAGGCUGUACUCACCAUGGGAGACACAGGGGGACAGGUCAGUGCCAUAUGCUUCAGGUCAGCUCAGAUCUCCCUGUUUGAGAGGCCCAGUCCAGGGGCGGAGACAGACUCUGCUGACAUCAUCAAGUGGAAGGAGCUAGUUGAAGGUCGCCAUCGCUGCUGCUACACACUGAGACACCGAGCUCACGGACACGCCUGGGUACGCAGAGUGCGUUUCCUGGGCUCUCUGGAGGCGUUGUUGUCGUGCAGCACCAGCCCCCAGAGUAGCAUGGUGAUUGGCUGGAGGGAGAAAGAGGGCGAGCCCCUCAGAGUCACCGCCUUCCACACGGAGAAAGGAACCAAUGACCUGGACCAUCACUCUGGGAUGAAUUUGAUAGCCACCGCAGGUAUAGACAACAAGGUGCUGCUGUGGAACCCCUAUGUGAUCUCUAAACCAGUGGGUGUUCUCCGAGGUCACAUGAGCAGUGUUACAGCCGUACGCUUCAUAGUGGACAAGAAACAGCUGAUCAGCUUCUCCAAGGACAAGGUGCUGAGGUUGUGGGAUGUGGCUAGUCAGCUGUGUAUUCAGCGUAUCGCCGGCAUCUUCCCCAAGACACAGGAGGAGUGUCACACUCUUCUGUUCCUCAGUGAGGAGCGCUCACGCCUCCUCCUCUCCUUCAACAGUCUGCUCCUCCUCAUGGAAGCCAAGAGAGAGGAGGGGAGGAGAGUCACCAGCCAUGAGAACUCUGUCACCUGUGUCCUAUAUAACAGCCUGUUCAGACAGGUGAUCAGCAGUGACUCUGGCUCCUCAGUGAUCUGUUGGCUGGUGGACACAGGUCAGAAGGUCAAGCAGUUCCACCGUUGCCAUGGUGAUGCUGAGAUCUCCACCAUGGCGCUGGAUGGGACACAGACACGCUUGUUCACCGCCGGCACAGACGGAGUAGUCAAGAUCUGGGACUUUAACGGGCACUGUCACCACAGGCUGAAUGCGGGCCGGGACCAGGCCGUGGACAUCUCCCAGGUUCUAGUGCUGAAGAGAACCGUGCUGGUCAUGGGCUGGGAGAGGAUGUUAACAGUGUUCAGACUGCCCUCGUUCUCUCAGUUCAUUGUUCAGCCCUCUGAGUGGAAGGGAGGAGUUCAGCAUAACGAUGACGUCCUGUGUGCCGCAUUCCUGCCCCCUCAAACCCUUGUCACAGGAAGUUACGACGGGGAGCUGACGGUGUGGAACAACAGCACAGAGAACGCCCUGAGAAAGCUCCGUCCAGAUCCUGAGAGAGAACGCAGCAGGCCUCAGACGGUGUGUAAUGUGAAAGGCGAGGAGGACUCAGAGAGCAGUGAUGGCGUCUCCAGACUCUUCUUCCUGCCAGGACGUAAGGGCGUUGCCACCGUUGGUGGAGCGGACCUGGCCUCAUGUGGCGGUUCUGGUCUGGUUCGGUUCUGGAACACGGUCCAAAGCGGUCUGGUUGCUGUGUUCACAGCUCAUAAAGACAUAGGGUCCAUCAUCAUGACCAUGACCGCCUGUGGUCGAUACCUGAUCACUGCUGACAUGGAGGGAACCCUGAAGACCUGGGGCAUACAGGAAUACUGCCUCCUGCCCAGCAACGGAGUGACCAAUGAGGCUCCAGAAUUGCUGGGUAGUCUCCGCCCACACAUGGACUGUGUAACUCACCUGGAGACGUGCCUCCAUGGCGGCAGGCUCCUCCUCCUCUCAGCAUCUGCAGACUGUAGCGUAGCUCUCAGCUACCUGCCUGGGGACACAGUGGGCGUGUUCGGACAGGAGGAGCACUGGCGUUUGGAUGGGCCUGGAUCUGUCCAAGUGGGAGAAGGAGAGCCUAGAGAGGGGACAGUGUCACCGCAGAGCCCCAGUGGUACAGACCCUGAGUUUGACAGCCAACCCCCCAAGAUGCGGGAGGAGAGAAGGGCAGUCGUGGAGACUGGAGACAACACAGGCCUGGAGAGAGAGGAGCUGGGGUCAAUUAUUCCCGGUGACUGUCCUCCUCCGAGUAGUAUUUUGGGGCGAAGCUACAGGGAGAGGCAGGGCCUGAGGGUGAGUGACAGCCGACCUGGCCAUAGGGAGACACCAUUGAAUACCGAUAUUGGUACGUUCAGUGGGCUGCGUAUCGGAGAAGUACAGUCUGUCAGAGAGCUGUCCAGACCAGAGUUCGUCAUACACCCUCACCGCUACUUCAACCAUAGCGCCAAAACCAGCCCAAUAUUCACACCCCUACCUGCCAACACUGAGGUGGUGAAGGCUGCCUUUGACGAGCGGAGUCUGUUCCCUAAAGAGCUGGAUGAGGAGGACAGGCCUAGCCAUGGAGCCAGGAAACAGGGGAGCAGGGAGAACCGGAUCAACGACGGGGGGCGUGGAAGGAAGGACAGACAAAGAAAGGGUAGUUCCUCUGGAGCCUUCAAGUGAAGACGUCAUUUAUAUUGUUAUCUACUUUAUCACGUUUUAAUAUAACUUUUUAAAUGUCUGUAAAAUUAAAUCUGAUCAAGACACGAGUGUAUUUAUGUCUCUCUGCUUCCCCUCAUGAGAAAGUACUACUACAUUACUACUACAUUACUACUAAAUUACUACUACUUGAUUGCUACUACAUUAC